AUGGCCAUCUCAUCUCGCCUCGCCCUGUGGGAGCAGAAGGAAAGUUAUUCUCGGGGUUGGAUUCGAGAAGAGGACAAGAGCCCCCCACCAUCCUCGCCCCCUCCCCUUUUCUCUGUCAUCCCAGGGGGCUUCAUCCGGCAGCUGGUCCGAGAGACUGAAAAAGAGUCCAAGGAAGCAAGAAGGAAGAAGCAGGCAGUGCUGACGUCUCCAGAGCCAGAGACCCCAGAAGCUUCCACUUGCCCAACCAACAGCCAGCCCUGCAGCACCAGUCGGUCUGGAAGUACCCCAAUUCCUAAAGACAAUGAACCAAGCACUUCCCAGAACCUCAACAUUCCUGGCAAGGAGAAUGAGGGUGCUGCUCCUUCAGACCCUGCUCCUAGGACCAGCCUGGAUGGGGAGAAGUCCCCGGAGGUGGGAAGCAGUGGACCCCCAGCUAAGAAGCCCAUGCCUCUCAAGAGGGGCCCGAGGAGGGGCGAUGUAUUGCUCAUGGUGGCCAAGCUGGACCCGGACUCAGCCAAGCCGGAGCAGAGGACUCCCCAGGAUGAGCCCAAGAGCAAACCGUCACCUCCAGCCACAGACCCUGGAGGAGAGAGAAAGGGGAGCCCCCCACAGACACCCCAAAACAAAACUGAAACCCCUACCCCAAAGACUGAGAAGACUCAGACUGGGACAUAUGGGAAACCCAGUACUGUACCCCUGACUUCUAAGGAUGAAAAGGAGCAAGGCACAGUGGGGAAAGGGGGUGCAAUCUCUCAGACCAAAGGGCCAAAAGGGGGUGAGCCCCAGGGCAGAGAGGGGCCUGAUGAAGGUGGUCAGGCAGGGUCAGCUGUAAAGGAUGGAGGGGCAUCCCCAAACAAGCUGGCCAAGGAGAGUGUCCCCAAGGAUGCUGGGGGGAAGGAAAAGAAAACGGGUGUCCAAGUUCAAGUGCAGAAAGGGGUAGGGUCCCUGGGGAGAAAGAGUCUGAAGGACAGACUCCUAAGUCAGAAGGACAGAGAAGGGAAGGCAGGCAAGCCUCAGCUGGCAACUGAGGCGGGGGUAAUCCCCAAAGGGUGUGGGAAAGUCGGGGAGCCUCCAAGUGUGCAUGAAAAGCCUCCAGGAGAGCCAAUAAAGGUGGAGGCAGCCCUGUCUGAGUGCCCAGUGACAGGUCAGGCUGGGAGUGAGAUGGAGACAGGCCGAGAACCCCCGACAGAGGUGCUUGCAAGGGAAGAGUCCCCAGGGGACUCCGGGAAGACCAGUCACCCUGACAGCCCAGGGCAGGGGGCACCAGUACCCUUUCCAGCUACCCAGCUGGAACCACCCAUUGAGACUGCCCUGGAAGGCCCAACCCAAGGGCCUGCAGAUCAGAUGGAGACCCCAGAGGCCCGAGGCUCAGAUCAGCCCUCUGAAGACCGGUGGUACGAGGCAGAGAAGGUCUGGCUGGUUCAGAAGGAUGGAUUUACCCUGGCUACGGUGCUGAAACCAGAUGAGGGAACAGCCGACCUACCGGCAGGAAGGGUGCGACUUUGCAUUGAUGCUGACAAGACAACCACAGAAGUGGAUGAGGAGCAUGUUCAUAGGGCCAACCCCCCUGAGCUGGACCAGGCUGAGGACUUGGCCUCCCUGGUCAGUGUCAACGAGUCCAGUGUCCUGAACACGCUCCUGCAGCGCUACCGGACUCAGCGGCCACACACCCGUGCGGGGUCCGACCUCAUCAUCCUCCGUCCGUGGGGGCUCCCGGUGUCUUCUGCUGACAAGGUGCCCAGAUUGCCCACCCACCUUGGGUCCCUGGCCCACAGGGCUUACUGGGCUUUGAUGAGCCAACGGAAGGACCAGAGCAUCGUGGCGCUGGGCCGGAGUGGUGCAGGGAAGACGGCCUGCUGUGAGCAAGUCCUGGAGCAGCUGGUGGUGCUGGCGGGUAGUGUGGAUGGCAGGGUCUCAGUGGAGAAGCUUCAAGCCAUGUUCACUGUCCUCCGGGCCUUUGGCUCCGUGACUACCGGCCACAGCCACAGCGCCACCCGCUUUGCCAUGGUGAUGUCCCUGGACUUCAGUGCCUCAGGCCGGGUCACAGCCGCUCAGCUGCAGACCAUGCUCCUAGAGCAGAGCCGUGUGGCCCGGCAGCCAGACAGCGAAGGAAACUUCCAGGUUUUCUCACAGAUGCUCGCGGGCUUGGACCUUGAUCUCAGGACGGAACUGAACCUGCACCAGCUGGCUGCCAGCAGCUCCUUCGGCAUGGGCACCUGGCCCAAGUCUGAAGAUAAGCAGAAGGCAGCGGCAGCCUUUGCCCAGCUUCAGGCUGCCAUGGAAACUCUGGGCAUCUCCGAGAGUGAGCGACGGGCCCUGUGGCGGGUGCUGGCAGCCAUCUACCACCUGGGUGCAGCAGGUGCCUGCAAAGUGGGCCGGAAGCAGUUCAUGCGGUUCGAGUGGGCCAACCAUGCAGCUGAGGCACUGGGCUGUGAGUAUGAAGAGCUGAAUACAGCCACCUUCAAGCACCAUCUUAGGCAGAUCAUCCAGCAAGUGACCUCGGGGUCAAGCCAGCGGAUGUCCCCAGAGCAGGAGACCAGCUCAGGCCUCAAGAUGACAGGCACCGAGUGCGUGGAGGGGAUGGCUGCUGGCCUGUACCAGGAGGUCUUUGCCGCUGUGGUCUCACUCAUCAACAGGUCCUUCUCUUCCCCUCAUCUCUCCAUGGCCUCCAUCAUGGUGGUGGAUGCCCCGGGCUUCCAGAACCCCCGGCACCAGGGCAAGGAGCGGGCGGCCACCUUCGAGGAGCUGUGCUGCAACUACACGCAGGAGCGUCUGCAGUUGCUCUGCUACCAGCGGACCUUCGGCUCAACACUGCAGCGCUUCCAGGAGGAAGGCAUCCCUGUGAACUUUGAGCCCCCUGAGACAUCCCCAGGGACCUCGGUGGCUGUGGUGGACCAGAAUCCCCCCCAGACCCCUCGACCAACUGGAGGAAGUGCCAAGGACUCUGCAGGCCUGUUCUGGGUUCUGGAUGAGGAGGUCCGUGUGGAUGGCUCCAGCGAUGCAGUGGUACUGGAACGCCUCCGGGUGGCCUUUGAGAAGAUGGGAGUGGGGGUUGAAGGGACCUCUGCAUUCAGGACCUGCGAGCAGCCCCUGCAGUUCGAGAUCUCCCACCAGCUGGGACAGGACCCAGUGCGCUAUGACCUCACAGGCUGGCUCCACAGGGCCAAGCCCAACCUCUCAGCCCUGGAUGCCCCCCACAUCCUGCAGCACUCGAAAAGGGAGGAGCUCAGGAACCUGUUCCAAUGCCGGGCCAAGCUGCCUCCUGUGUGCCGGGCCCUGGCAGGCCUGGAAGGCACCUCCCAGCAGGCCCUGCAGCGGGGCUGCACCCUGAGAAGGACAUUUGCCCGCAGCCUGGCCGCUGUGAAGAGGAGGGCAGCAUGCAGCCAGGUCCAGCUGCAGAUGGAUGCACUGACCAACGUGCUCAGAAGGUCUCAGCUGCACUUCAUUCACUGCCUGGUACCAGGACCACAAUCAAGUGGGGACACAACUGGUCCCCCACCCGCAGACAUCCCUGCACUGAGGAUUCAGCUCGCAGGGGCCCACAUCCUGGAGGCACUUCGUCUGCACCGGGCAGGCUAUGCGGACCACAUGGGGCUUGCUCAGUUCCGCCGUCAUUUCCAGACACUGGACCCUCUGCUCAUGAAGAAGCUUGACUCUGCCUCAGAAACAAUGCCUGAGAGGAAGGCUGUGGAGUUGCUGCUGCAGAGCCUGGAUCUGGAGAAGACGGCGAUCGCAGUGGGGCACAGCCAGGUAUUCCUCAAGGCGGGCGUGGUGUCCAGGCUGGAGAAGCAGAGGGAGAAACUGGUGGCACAGAGCAUCGCGUUCUUCCAGGCAGCCUGCAGGGGUUUUCUGGCUCGCCAGGAAUUCAAGAAGCUGAAGAUUCACAGGCUGGCUGCCCAGUGCAUCCGGAAGAAUCUGGCUGUAUUUCUGGCCAUCAAGGACUGGCCAUGGUGGCAGCUCCUGGCAUUCCUCCGGCCCCUGCUGAGUGCUACCAUAGGGGAUGAGCAGCUGCAUGCCAAGGAGGAGGAACUUACAGUGCUGAGGUUGAAGCUAGAGAAAUCGGAGAAGUCGAGGAAUGAACUCCGGCAGAACGUGGACCUGCUUGAGAGCAAGAUCGCUGAUUUGACCACAGAGCUGGCUGAUGAGCGCUUCAAAGGGGAUGUAUCCUGCCAAGUGUUGGAGACCGAGCAUGCAGAACGACUCCGGGCCUCGAGGGAACUCCAGGAGGUCAAGAGCAAGUACGAACAAGUUCAGAAGAGUUUGGGAGAAGUGGAGAAACAGUUGGAAGAAGCCCAGCAGAAAAUUCAGCUGAGUGAUGCUGAAAGGAAACAAGUUGGAGGUGCAGACGAGUGGCAAAUGCGCUUCGAUUGUGCCCAGAUGGAAAAUGAGUUCCUCAGAAAGCGUCUCCAGCAGUUUGAGGAGAGGUUAGACUCUGAGCUCACAUCCCGGAAAGAGCUGGAGCAGAAGCUGGCAGAGCUGCAGAGUGCUUAUGAGGCGGCCAAGAAGACGGCCCAGCAGCUGAAGAGGAAGUGCCACCAUGUGUCCUGUGACCUGGAGGACAGCCGCGUGCUGCUGGAGAGCCAGCAGGCCCGAAACCACGAGCUGGAGAAGAAGCAAAAGAAGUUUGAUAUGAAGCUGGCCCAGGCCCUGGGGGAGUCUGUGUUUGAGAAGCGACUUCGUGAGAAAGUGAUCCAGGAGAAUGCCAGUAUCCGGUGGGAACUGGGAAAGCUCCAGCUGCAGCUGAAGCAAAAGGAAGAGGAGACUUCACAACUGAAGCAGGACAUGAAGGUCCUGCAAACUCAGAAGCAGGAAUUGUUGGUGACACCCUCUUCGGGGGACAGUUGCAUCAAAAACUUGAAGGAGAAGAUCUGGAAGCUGGAAUGCAGUGCCCUGGAGCAGGGGAAAAUCCAGAACCAGCAGGAGAACACCAUCGAGCAGCUGCAGCAGCUCCGCCAACGCUUUGAGCUGGAGAUAGAGCGAAUGAAGCAGAUACAUCAGAAGGACCGUGAGGACCGGGAAGAAGAACUGGAGGAUGUCCGCCAGUCAUGCCAGAAGCGGCUCCGCCAGCUGGAAAUGCAGCUGGAGCAAGAAUAUGAGCAGAAGCAGCUGGUUCUCCAUGAGAAGCAGGAUCUGGAAGGCUUGAUUGGGACCCUCUGUGACCAGAUUGGCCACCGGGACUUUGAUGUGGAGAAGCGCCUUCGCAGGGACCUCCGAAGGACCCAUGCACUGCUGUCAGAUGUGCAGCUCCUGCUGGCAACCAUGGAGGACGGCAAAGCAUCUGUCAGCAAGGAGGAGCUGGAAAAGGUGCACAGCCAGCUGGAGCUGAGUGAAGCCAAGUGUGAGGACGCUCUGAAGACCCAGAAAACGCUGACCGCAGACCUGGAGAGCAUGCAUAGCGAGUUGGAGAGCAUGACACGCAGCAAGAGCCUGGUGGAUGAGCAGCUGUACCGGCUGCAGUUCGAGAGAGCCGACCUGCUGAAGCGCAUUGAUGAGGACCAGGAUGACCUAAAUGAUCUCAUGCAAAAGCACAAGGACCUCAUUUCUAAGUCAGCUACAGAUAUUGGGCAGAUCCAGGAACUGCAGCUACACCUGGAGGAGGCGAAGAAGGAGAAGCACAAGCUUCAAGAACAAUUGCAGGUGGCUCAGAUGCGCAUUGAAUACCUGGAGAAGUCCACGGUAGACCGCUCCAUUGUCAGCAGGCAGGAGGCCAUCAUCUGUGAUCUGGAGAACAAGACGGAGUUCCAGAAGGUGCAGAUCAAGAGACUUGAGGCCCUGGUGAUUCGGCUUCGGGACAACCUGAUCAAGAUGGGCGAGGAACUCUCACAGGCGUCCCUGAUGGAGACGCAGCAGCGUGAAAGCAACCAGUAUUACCAGCGGCGCCUGGAGGAGUUGAAGGCAGACAUGGAGGAGCUGCUACAGAGGGAGGCCGAAGCCAACCAGCGGUACAUGGUGCUGGAAAAGUACGUGGAGGAGCUGGGUGCGGUGAGGCAGACCCUGCAGGCUGACCUGGAGACGUCCAUCCGGCGCAUUGCUGAUCUGCAGGCUGCCCUGGAGGAUGUGGUGUCCAGUGAUAGCGAGGCCGAGAGUGUCCAGACAGCUGUGGACUGUGGUGACAGUGGAAGAAAAGAGAUAGAUAACAUGUCCACCCUCAGCUCCCAGCCUGAGGGCAGUGUACAAUCCUGGCGCAGCUGUACUCUGUCCCUGGAUACAGAUACCAUGAGAACCCCAUCUCGACUGUCCUACCUCAGCCGCCACAGCCCCGCUCCCGCUCCCAGUCGAAAACUGGUAAAGGAGGAGAUCGGGACCGCCCAGAGCCGAGCCAGGAAAGUGCGGACGUCCUCCCCAGUGUCCAGGAGCAGAGACCCAUCUCCGCAGGGAAGGGAGCAGCUGCCCAGCCCCUCGGCUGCACUGUCAGAGUUCGUGGAAGGCCUGAGAAAGAAGAGGGCACAGAGUGGCCGUGGCUCGGCACUGAGCCUGGAGGACUGGCCCAGCCCGCCUGUCUACCACAUCACCGGGGCUGCCUCUCUGCGCAGGGCCCGGGCAGCUGGGGACCAGCAGGUGGGUCUGUCCCGGAGGGACCCCACAGCAGAGUCUCCUCUGACACCCGGGCUGGCAUCUGGGCUACUGCGGUCAUCCAGCCUGCGCUGCCUCCCCCAGGAAAGCAGCGAGGACCCCCCACCGCUGGACUCCCAGACCACCAAGAAGACCCGGUUCGGCUCCUGCGAGGGCCUCCUAGAAUCAGGGCCGGGUCCCACCUGCUGUGUACCUGGCCCUGACCUGGUCCUGUCACCCACUCUGCGUCCUCGGAGGCGCUGCCUGGAGGCCUCCCUGGAUGAAGCGGGCUGCCCGGACCUAGGGAAAGAGCCACUGGUCUUCCAGAAUCGCCAGUUUGCCCACUUCAUGGAGGAACCUCCGGAUGGCAGAGACACUUCCAGCUUCAGCUGGAAGCUCCCAGGCCUCAGCUAUGACCGCCACACUAGGGUGGCUUUUGAUGACUUCAUCCCAGCUAUCCGGAAGCCUGGGUCACCUUCGUCGGUGACCGGUCAGGCCAGUCAGCAGCAGCAGCAGCAGCAGCAGGCCCAGGCACCCGCUGAAACAGAGCAGGCCAAGAGCUCCUUCCUCUCGGGCUUCAAAGCCCUUUGGAAGUGGAGCCGGGAGCCCCGGGAGGACGACCCCGCUCACCUCUCCGACUCCUCGUCCUCGGCCUGCUCCAUUGCCUCCUGCAAGAGCAGCCCUAGGAUGCCAAGGAUGGAAGGGGAUGGGGGUGAGCGGAGGUCCCCCGAGGCCAGAGAGCACCCCGCAGGCGCCCAGGCAGGGAAGGAUGAGGACGUGGAGAGCAUAAUGAAGAAGUAUCUGGGAAAGUAGGACGGUGGCCAGGUCCAAGUACGGGGCUAGGAGAAGCGAAGAGAGAAAGAAAGAAAGAGAGACAGGCAG